AAGUAAGUGUAAGGAAGUAGGAAUUCACUGAAGCGUGAACGCUGAACAGGUAAACAAUGGGUAUCUGGGGUGCUAGUGAACGGGACUGUGAGUUGGUUAUAAUAUUGUUCAUAGAAUGACUGCGGGGUGAAUUAUUUCUAUUGAAUAAUGCAGCACAACAUAGUGCUGUAUUCGAUUAUUUUCCACAUUGCGCCUUGUCAUACCGGGAUGGGGUGUAUUAAGUAUAGUGUAACAAAACUGUAACUGCAAAGUGACAACGUAGCUUCAUGAAGGACACAACCGUCUGAUACUUAUAUGCUAAAGGGGUGUUUGCUAAAUUUAGUAAUGGCCGCUCAGUUGCCCUCAGUCAUGAAAUCCAGAGGGUUAUUCCUGGCACUGUUCUUCUGCAGUUUACUCUCCCAAGUUUUGCUCGUCUAUUCUUCUGACCAGCAGUAUCAGCCCAACUGGCAAUCUUUGGAUUCAAGACCCCUUCCUGCCUGGUAUGAUGAAUCUAAAUUCGGCAUUUUCAUGCACUGGGGCCUCUACUCCGUACCAAGUUUCGGCUCGGAGUGGUUCUGGCGUUACUGGACAAAUGACGUGGCGGCUUACGUGAAUUUCAUGAAGCAGAAUUAUCCUCCGGGUUUCACGUACGCCGAUUUCGCGAAGUCUUUCCGAGCUGAACUCUUUGAUGCAGACAAGUUUGCAGAGAUCGUCGAAGCCUCAGGGGCGCGUUACUUUGUGCUCACCAGUAAACAUCAUGAGGGGUAUGCAAUGUGGCCAUCUAAGUAUUCAUGGAACUGGAACUCGAUGGAUGUGGGUCCGAAGAGAGAUCUGAUUGGGGAGAUGGCGACUGCCAUCCGUAAACGCACGACUCAAAUCCACUUUGGGCUGUAUCACUCCCUCUUCGCGUGGUAUCAUCCUCUGUAUCUUCAAGACGUGGCAAAUAAGUUCUCGACACGAUUGUACCCCGAACAGAUCUCAACACCGAUGUUACACGAGCUUGUGAACAACUAUGAGCCUGAUCUCAUCUGGUCCGAUGGAUUUCAGGUGAUCACAGGCUGGGAGUACUGGAACAGCACUGGGUUCCUAGCAUGGCUUUACAACGACAGCCCUAUCAAAGACAAAGUGGUUGUUAACGAUCGCUGGGGAAACGGAACUGUCUGCAAACAUGGCGGGUUCUUCACUUGUCAUGAUCGCUACAACCCCGGCACCUUGCAGAAACACAAGUGGGAGAAUGCGAUGACGGUGGACAAGGGAUCUUGGGGCUAUCGUCGAAACGUCCAUCUCUCCGACUUCUUAAGCACACAACAACUGCUUCAUUCAAUGGCCAAGACAAUAAGCUGUGGAGGAAACAUGCUCUUAAAUGUCGGACCAACUCAUGAUGGGCGGAUCAUCCCAAUCUUUGAGGAGCGUCUGCGGCAGGUCGGCUCUUGGUUGAAAGUGAAUGGCGAGGCCAUCUACAAGUCCAAACCAUGGCGUGCACAGAACGACACCAACACCACUGACAUAUGGUACACCUCUCAACUGAAUGGGUCUCUCGUAGAGUCGGUCUAUGCUAUAGUUCUUGAAUGGCCAGUGGACAACCGUCUGUUUCUUGGAGCACCGAUUCCGAAUAAACUGAGUACGGUAUCGAUGCUUGGAGUGAAGACCCAACUGCAGUGGAAGGUGGGGCCCAAGGGUGUUGGAAUGAACAUAACUUUUCCUGUGCUGAAUCCAACUCAGAUGCCAUGCCAGUGGGCUUGGGUCUUAAAGUUACAGAAAGUCAAAUGAUAAAAUUCCUGGAAAACCUUGACUGAAUAGCUUUGAACUUAUUCAACCUUAUAUUGACAUUGUGACACUGCAUCAGAUGUAAAUGUCUUUUUCAAACUGGAAUUUGUUGAGUUAAAAAAACUAUUCUUUCUUUUAUUAUACAAAGUAAUAUUUUUGAAGUGGUGUGCAUUCUUUUAUGGUUAAAACUUCCGAGCACCUCUUUUCAAAACCACGGGUUCAGCUUGGGCUCCAUCAGUAAUAUUUAGGGGUAUUUUUCAUCAGGCGCUUGGGACCCAAACCAGUGUUGAUGUGAUUCUGAACCCCCCCCCCCCACAAUAUGGUGAUGUUAAUUUACAAUGGAGGACGAAAACACUGGGGGGGGGUGUCAAAAUCGCCUAAGUCACCUGAGGUCGAUUUCACAGAGUUAGGACUCGUCUUAUCUCAAGUUAGGAUGAGUAACUCGUCCCAACUUGGGAUUAAUCU